AUGGAGUCGGUCAACCCUGUUCAUUACGACAGUCCGAACAUCUUCCUCGUCUUAUGGUGCAUCGCAAAGCGUUGUACACCAAAGAAGGCAGACAACCACACCAGCGGAGAAAAAACCAUGUACCACCUCGUCCCAAAGAACGGCAAUGACCGUUACAGACUGUCCCCUUCUGGCAAGAUGAUAGUUGAGGUUCGUUUCCGGCCGGGCGGCUGGGCUUGGUACUUGCAUCGACGGAGCGGCAUCGAUGGAACAAUAAUCAAGCUGAAAGCGCUCGUCAUCGGGGCCGAGGUCCUUCACACGAAGAGAGUCUACCAUGUCAGCGUUGUGCACCUCGAUUGCGACAGAAUCCUGGUCUCCCAUGAGCGGUUGGAAGAGGUGGUUCAGUGGCAUUGA